GAUUUGAUUCAAUGUUUUUUUGACAAUAUUCAACUUAUUUCUUCGACAUAAUUUUGAACUUUUAAUCUACUUUAAUUUUAUUAUUAAUAUUAUGCAUAGUGUUAUUAUAAUUAAGUGAAUGAUAUGUCAUGGAUAAAGUAUUAGAAAUUAUGGAAGUAGACAAUGAUAGUAUUAAAUCUGAGUUAUUCUUUUUGAUUGCCAAGUUUCUGAAGGAUAGUCAAUUUAAAAAUGCUUUUGAGGCACUUAAAUCAGAUUUGAAUGAAUCAAAUAUACUACCUACACGAAUUGAUUUUUUGGGUGAUGAAAACCAGCAAUCAUUUGAUGAAUUGGAAAGAAAAUAUAAUCAUAUAAAAUCAGAUCAUUUAUUAAACAUAUGUAAGCGAAUCCGACUAUUAAGCAACUAUGAAAAGUCUUCUGUUCCAGUUGUUUUCUCUUUACUUGGAAAAGGAAGUUUUUCUCUUGUCAACACCCAAAAAAAACGUAAAUACUUAUCACUCACUGAUUGUUUUACUCGUCAGCAUAAUGCUUUACCAUUGCCUCCUAUACAUAUUAGAGGUCAUAAUAUUGUUAAAGUGCUUUUUGGUCGUGAAAUAUCAGGGUCAGUUGAUAAAAGAUAUUUAUUACCAGUUUCAAAGUUUUCAAAUGUAGAAUUUCAUGGUCGAGUUCUUGGUCAUUUAACUGCUGUUUACUGUGUUUGUUUUGAUACAUCCGGAAGAUAUAUAGCUACUGGAGCUGAUGAUUAUUUAGUUAAAUUAUGGGAAGCAAGUACUGGUCGUCUUUUAUCAACAUUAAGAGGGGCUAGUGCUGAAAUUACUGAUAUAGCAAUUAACACCCAAGCUACACUAAUUGCUGCUGGGAGCAUGGAUAAAGUAUUAAGAGUCUGGUGUCUUCAAACAGCUAGACCAAUUGCUCAUGUAGUAGCACAUGCUAGUAUGAUUGUAACUGUGAAUUUUUGCCCACAAACAUUUAAUGGUCUUGGUUAUAUAGCUUCUACUAGUACUGAUGGUUCAGUUGUAUUUUGGCCUUUUCGAUCUAGCAAUGGAAAUACUAUUUUUGAGCCUAAUUUGACUGUUUAUAAUGAACGUAUACGUCCUGGUAGUGCCAAAAUACUUUGUGGUGCUUUUUCAGCUGGUGGCGUAAUGUUUGCUACUGGUAGUGCAGAUCAUAAUGUUAGAGUGUAUAAAAUGACCCCUCCAUCACCAGAUGCAUCAUCUCCAAUACGAUUAAUGGAAGUUGAAGCUCAUUCGGAUACUGUUGACUCAAUACAAUGGGCUCAUAGUGGCUUAAGAUUUAGCUCUGGCUCUAAAGAUGGAACAGCUUUAAUUUGGGCUUACAAAAAUCAAGAGUGGAAGUAUAAAACAUUACACAUGACUACUAAAUUAAAAAACAACCUUGGUGAAAAAAAAACAGAUGAAGAACUUAAACAAAUUAAACCAUCUGUAACCUAUUUAUGUUGGGAUCAAAGUGAUCGUUGGAUUAUAACUGCAUGUACAGAUAUGACUAUAAAAGUUUGGGAUUCUAAUACUACUGAACUUUUACAAGUUAUGACUGGACAUAAAAAAGAAGUAUAUGUAUUAGAAUCUCAUCCAUUUCACUCUAAAAUUUUAUUGAGUGCUGGUCAUGAUGGCAAAAUAUUUUUAUGGAAUAUUCUAACUGGAGAAGUAUUAGUAUCGUUUCAAAAUUCUAUUGAAGGCCAAGGUUUUGCUGCAUUAUAUGAUGCAAAAUGGUCACCUGAUGGAACAAUGUUUUCUGUGACUGAUUCACAGGGUCAUUUAUUAACUUAUGGAUUAGGAAUACCCUCACCUCGUAGAAAAGUUCCAUAUGAAGUUUUUUUUCAUACCGAUUAUCGACCAUUGUUACGAGCAGCAGAUUAUUCAGUUUUAGAUGAACAAACUAAUAUGGAACCACAUUUAAUGCCACCUCCAUUUUUGGUUGAUUCAGAUGGAUCACCAUAUCAUCCAGAAAUUCAAAAACUAGUGCCUGGAAAAGAAAAUGAAGGUCUUUUACAAUUAGUUGCAGAUGUAAUAAUCAAUGAACUAGGCCGAACUGAAGUUAUUGGAAUUAGAGGAACAGCAAAUAUGAACACUGUUGAACAUUUAUCCAAUAAUUCACCCAAUCAAUCACGAGUUAUAAGUUUACAUCCAUCUGUAGAACAAAAUAGUAGUUCGUUUUCACUUGAAAAUAGACCAAAAAUUAUUUGCAAACCAUUAAAACCAUCAAUAAUGGAACAAAUACAAAACCGAAUAAAAAUGUUGGGCAUAAUGGAAGAGGAAGAAUUUACUAUAGAAAGUGAUAAACCAUUAAUAAUUGAUGAAAAACCACAAGUUUUAUCUAUUAAGCCUAAAAAAAGACCACAAGCCAAACAUUCAUAUAGUACUAGAGCCACUAUUGUUGAAACUGAACCACAGGAAAAUAGAUCAUCAUCUAAUCCAGAAGAAUCUGAAGAAGAAGAUACUGAUUAUACCGAUGGAAUAGGUUCAGAUGAAAAAGUUGAAUCAUCAUCUGAUACUGAUUCUGGUACUAGUUCUGAAUAUUCUGAUUGGGUGGCUGAUAGUGGUACAAAUCUUGAACCACCUAAGCGUACUCAACAUCGAAGACGUCGUGUCAAAAGACCUACCACUCCUCCUUCUUCUCCAUCACCUCCUUCUUCACCUCAUGAAGGACCUAAAACUGUUCCUCCUAGGAAAGUUCAAAAAGAUGUUCCAGAAAUAUACAGACCUUCUGAAUGGUUUUCAGAAGUUUUACCAAAAAAGUCUCCUUAUUGUCCACAAAUGGGUGAUAUUUUAAUGUUUUUUGAACAAGGUUAUAAUUUAUAUUUAGAAGCAGUACAAGCUAAAAAAGUUUACAAAUUAAGAAAGUCACAAUGUGCUCCAUGGGGAGAAUUAGAACUUAAAGUACCACAAAUGGUAAAAGUAAUUGGAAUAAAAUAUGAAAUAAGACCACCGCGCUUGUGUGGAUUACGAUUAGCAGUACUAAAAGAAAAUGGUGACCAUACUUCUUUUAGUUUUGAUCUUAAAUAUCAUGAUAUGCAAGAUGUAAUUGAUUUCUUAGUUCUUCGUCAAACAUAUGAAGCUGGAUUAGCUAGAAAAUGGAAAGAAGGUCAAAGAUUUCGAAGUAUGAUAGACAAUGCUUGGUGGUGUGGUAAAAUUGUUGAACAAAAUAAUUCUCGGUCACCAUUUUUGUGUUAUCAAGUUUUGUGGGAUAAUGGAGAAAAAGAAAAUUUAAGUCCUUGGGAUAUGGAACCUAUUAACCCUAAGAGAGAACCACUGAAUGGUAUGUCAUUACCAGUAACUACUAAAGAAAUGAAAGAUAUAUUGUAUCGACCUGAAUCUGGUAAUAAAGAAUGGCCAAGUGGAUCUCGUGAUUUAAUUUGUGACCGAAUAUUACGAGGUCUACAUGAUCUUAUGGGAAUGUCACUUGCUGAACCAUUUCUUGCACCAGUAGAUAUUCAGGAGUAUCCAUCAUAUGCAUACAUUGUGGAGUACCCCAUUGACCUAUCAAUAAUAAAAGCAAGAUUGGAAAAUCGUUUCUACAGGCGUUUGGCAGCUGUACAAUUUGAUGCUAGAUAUAUCGCUAGUAAUGCUGAAAAAUUCAAUGAAGAAGGUAGUGAUAUUGUGAGAAGUGCUCAAAUCAUCACAGAAAUAUUACUGACAAUUAUUAAAUCUUCUUCUCCUGUGGAAGUUCCUUCUCUAUGUCGACAACUACAACAAAAUUAUAAAAAUAAUGAAAACGAGAAAAAAAUUGAACCAUCUGAAGAUCGGUCUCGUAAAUUAAGACCUAGAUCAUUGAGAGUAAGAAGGCGACGAGAAUGUAGUCAACCUUUUAAUUGGAAAUCGGAAUGUAAAAAAUUCUUGCAAAUGAUGUGGUUAUCUAAUGAUAGCAAACCUUUCAGAGAGCCAAUUGAUUAUGAUAAAUAUCCUGAUUAUGGACGAGUUGUUAGUACACCUAUGGAUUUGACAUCCAUCCGUGAAGAUUUACGUGGAGAUAAUUAUAAUACUCCACUAGAAUUCUGUGAAGAUGUCCGAAGAGUCUUUAAUAAUGCAAAAAUUUAUUCAGAAGACCAUCCAGAUGAAAAGUUGGAACAAAUGACUCAAUCAAUGAUCAAUAUGGCAGAAGAAAAUAUAACUCAAAUACUACAUAAUUGGAAAAGAAAAUCAUCCAGGCGUCCUACAUCAGCUAUAGUAAGUCAUUUAAGUUCACGUCCUCAAAGAAGAUGUCGCUUAAAAAGACAAAGAGAUUUAGAUGAUAGCCCGACAGAAGAUGAAAGUGAUGCAGAUUUUAAUUUGAGAACAAAAAGACCACGAAGAUUAAGAACUAUAGCAAUUAAAGAAGAAACAACAGAACAAUCAUCAGAUGAAGAAGAAAUAAAAUUUGAUCCUAAUCAACCUUCAACUAGUUAUGCGCAUAAUGAAAGAACUGGAUCAAAUCAUAUUAAAAGAAAAAAAUCUUUAGAUAUGCCAUCAACAAGUCAUGAGAUUAAAGAAGAAGUUUUAAAUAAUGAUGAAACACCACUUAGACGUCAUUCUUCAAGAAUUUGUAAAUCUACUUACCGUUUUCUAGACAAUUAUGAUGAAAGUGAAGAUGAUGAUAAUACAAUUGAACCUCAGCGGCCAAAAAGCUUAGUUAAACCUCUCCCAAAAGAUUAUGAUAAUGAUAGUGAUGAUGAAGUCUUGCCACCAAAACCGUCUCGUAGUAAAAGACUUGUACGUGAAGACAGAUUCGAAGUACCACCUAUCACUAAUAGAAUUCAACCUUCACGUUUUCGAGCUGAAGAAAACAUUGAAGAACAACAACAACCUACUAGAGCUCGAUCUACAAGAUUUUUAAACAAUGAAGAAAGUGAUCAGAGAGGAACAAGAAAUUUAAGAAAGAAAAAACGUUGGAAUUAUGCUAAAAUGUUAGAUGUGUCUGGUGUAAGUAGUGAAGAAGGUACUGAUGAUUGGAAACCUGCUAAUAGGUUUACCAAAAAAGCUUCUCUUCAUAAAAAUCGAGACAUAAAGAGAAAACUAAAAAGAAAGUAUAGUGAAGGUAGUGAUCAAAGCUCCAAUAGCAGCAGUGAUGAAAAUGAUGGCAAUGAUGAUGAUGAAGAUGAUGAUGAAGAAAAUAGUGUUAAUAUAAAAGUAUCUGUUAGUAGUCGAGGACGAAUUAGGAAAUUAACUGCAGAAGCCAAAGCUCAUUUGUUUCGAAGAAAAUAAUUUAAUUAUAAUAUCUCUUCUCGAUUUUAAUUUUUAUCAU